CAAAAGAAUUGGGCAAUGGAGGGUCGGGAAAUGCUCUUGUGGAAUCGUUUUGGACUUCCUAAGGGUCCGAGAUUGAAGGUGGCAAGAUUCUCAAGAUUCUUGGGUAUUUUGGCAAAAGACUUUACACUUUUUCCAAUUAGUACACCUGACUACCGGCAUUUCAAUGCUAGUGACAAUCUUGAAAGGGCUUGGAAUCGUGUUAAGGAAACUAUUGAUUGGUCUAAUCCUUGGGUUGCAAGUUUGGAAGGUAAAAUCAAGAAAAGGGUGAAGAGCAAGUUAAAUGAACGGUGGAAGCAAUGGAAGUCUCAGUUGCGCAAAAAAUGGUAUAAACCAUUCAUGAACACACCACGUAGGUUUCAGAAGCCUAAUGAUGAUCGUGUUAAUGAGCGUCAAUGGAAAAUUUUUGCUGCAAACAUGGACAAGAAGAAGCAUCAGAGAAUAGCAAGCAUCAACAAAAGGAAUCGGUCUCAAAAGAAGAUGAAUCAAUCAACAGGGACUCGAACAUAUGCAAAUGUCGCUCAUGAAUAUGAAAUUUCUCAUGGUAAAGAGCCAGAUAGGUGGGAGCUAUUUAAAUUAACACAUCAAAGGAAAGGGUCCCAAGAACCGAUCGAUGCUGCAUCUGCAAAGGCAAUUGUAAGCUAA